CCGAAUUUUCGUUCAUUUAGAGCAUAUAUACUUUUUAAAUUGCCCAAAGUUGUAGGGUUUUUUUGGAGCGUGUUUCGCCCUGGAGCGAUACGCGAUGCUCUCUCACGCCGACCUCCUGGAUGCUCGGCUCGGUGAGUUAUCCUCACUAAACUCCGGCCCUAAACUCCAGUGGAUGAAGGAUGCUGCAGAGUUACUCGGACACAGAGAGGCUCUCAAGUGCCGGCUGGGGGGCGGGGUGCCGGAGCAGGGGCAUCCGGGAGACAUGGCCCCUGGCUCGGAUUCCGUGGAGGGAACCACUCUCCUGCCGGGGGAAGACAUAGCGACUGUGGGAUCCAACUCUGGCGGCAUGCAGGUGAACGGGAAGGAGCAGGAGAAGCAGCAGCAGCAACAACAACAGCAGCAGAACUCCGGCCAGAGCUCCAGCCAGCAGAAGCAGAAGCGCCACCGGACGCGCUUCACGCCCGCGCAGCUCAACGAGCUGGAGCGCAGCUUCGCUAAAACGCACUACCCCGACAUCUUCAUGAGGGAGGAACUGGCUCUGAGGAUCGGGCUCACCGAAUCCAGAGUUCAGGUUUGGUUCCAAAACAGACGCGCCAAGUGGAAGAAAAGGAAGAAGACCACCAACGUGUUCCGGGCCCCGGGAACGCUGCUGCCCACGCCGGGCCUGCCCCAGUUCUCUGCGGCGGCCGCCAUGGAGAACAGCCUGUGCUCCUUCCACGCCAACGACUCCCGCUGGGCCACGGGGAUGGCGGGCGUGUCUCAGCUGCAGCUGCCGCCGGCCCUGGGCCGCCAGCCCGGCAUGGCGCAGUCCCUCUCACAGUGCAGCCUGGGCCCGGGCCCCCCGCCCAACUCCAUGGGUCUCUCCAACGGCCUGUCCUCCAACGGCUCCGGUCUGCAGUCCCACCUCUACCAGUCGCCUUUCCCGGGAAUGUCGGCCUCCCUCUCCGGCCCCACGAACGUAUCGGGCUCCCCGCAGCUGUGUAGCUCCCCGGACAGUGACAUGUGGAGAGGGACAAGCAUCGCGUCGCUGAGGCGCAAGGCCCUGGAGCACACAGUCUCCAUGAGCUUCACUUAGUGACUUUUCAACCCCCCCCACCGAAGCCCCUGCUCCUCACACCUGCCUCCUCUCCCAGCUCCCCAACCCAUGUUUUUGAUUUCGUGGUUUUUGUUCCGGAGGUUUAGAUCUAAAACGAGAACGUGGGCUGAAAUGCCAGAAAAAUGGAGACGGAUGUGACUUCAUACUGAUAAGAAAUAAAAGGACACGGAUGGACAAGUGGGAGAAAAAAGCGAGCUCGGGUUGUUUAUCUUGUUAAUUCAAAUGGACUUUAUCAGCUGUUGAUGAAAAUAUUGUAAUGAUCUUUAGAAUAUAGGCCCUAAUUACUGAGAGCCAAACAAUCGUCGUAUUUAUGUUUUCAUUGAGUGUGUCUUUACGCACACCUCACUGUGUUCAGGUGAUGUUGCGUUAUGUCAAAAAAGGUUAUUUAUACAAUUGGUAAUGGUAUUUGGUCCACCACAGUCCACAGCACAUCACCACGCAGAGUCCCAGGCAUGCUCUGUGCACGUGGAUUGAACAAUUAGGGAGAACAACCGUGGAACGAGCUGGUGAUUUUGGGAAGAUGACCUCAGUCUCAAGCGC